AUGGAUCUCUUAUUCCCAGAUGGGCCAGACGACACUCCAUCACUCGAAUUCCAGACGAUUGAUAUGGAAUGGGGACUCGAUCUUGACUGGUAUGAUUGCAACGCUAGUUGGCAUCCCUACAUUCCUCUGAAACCCGAGGGCGCUGAUAAAUUAGUCAUCAGUAAAACUGGUGUCAACUGGUUCUUUGACUUCGACAUGUCCACACCAUGGGAACAACUUGCCACUGGCGUAUUCAUCAUCCCAACUGAAGUGUGCGAAUUGAUCGACAAGGACCUUUUGCACUUAUCAGGAUGUAUUGAGGAAAUCGCUACCAAUCAUCCAUUCCCUCCUGACUCUGCCUGA